UCCGCCGCCCAUGCUCUUGUUGCCUUUAGGUACUGUUGGAAUUAUAGUGAGCAAAAGCAGACAAACUCUCAAAAUGAAAGAAUUAAAGCUGAAAAAAGACAUUCGUAGUAAUUGCUGUCUUACUUUCAAGCACUAUCUAGUAGCUUGGGAGUUUCUCUGGGUAGCUAGCUGCUCUAGCUCGCUUCACCGUGUGUUUACCCCUGGGCUGAGGUAGGCGGCAGUGUUGGCAGCCUCGGUGCUCGGCACAGGGGGUUACUCCUCUCGCUGCCUGCGCUGCUCUUUGGCUGCGCCGUUGAAAAAGGCUGCAGCAGAGAACCAGCAGAGAAGAGAGACUGAGCUCAAGUUGGCAACUGCGCCGAUGCGUGGAUGCUGCUUCGGGACUUGUGUUCUUGUGUUACUCGUGUUUCUAGAUCAGCGUCCUUCACAUAUUAAAUGAUAUCAUACUGAAACACGUUUUUUUCCCUCAUCUUUUCUCUGCGCCUGUUAUAGCACAUUUAACUGCACCUAAUUAACGAGAAUUAACUUUUACUGCAUUCCUUCUGCAGAUGAACAAUGAACUACUGGCUUCCACUACGCUGGUGUCGGGUCCUCGAGGGGAAGCGGCCGCAAACUAAACGGCUGCUGAAUCCAAUAAUGGCCUGCUUCAGGUCUGAGGGCCGCGGGACGAGGAUGCGGCCCGGCCCGGUCUCCCCCGGCUCCCUGCUGUGGCUCAGCCUGCUCGCUACCGUCUCCCCGGUGGCGCUUCUCAACCCAGAGGACCCCAACGUGUGCAGCCACUGGGAGAGCUACGCUGUGACCGUGCAGGAGUCGUACGCGCAUCCCUUCGACCAGGUCUACUACACGCGCUGCACCGACAUCCUCAACUGGUUCAAGUGCACCCGGCACCGGAUCAGCUACAAGACCGCGUACAGAAGAGGCGUGAGGACCAUGUACCGGCGCCGCUCGCAGUGCUGCCCCGGCUUCUUCGAAAGCGCAGACCUGUGUGUCCCUCUGUGCACGGAGGAGUGCGUCCACGGCCGCUGCGUUUCUCCGGACUCCUGCCAGUGUGAGCCGGGCUGGGGCGGACCCGACUGCUCCAGCGGCUGCGACAGUGACUUCUGGGGCCCCCACUGCAGCAACCGCUGUCAGUGCCGGAACGGGGCCAAAUGCAACCCCAUCACGGGCGCCUGCGUGUGCACGGACGGCUACCAGGGCUGGCGCUGCGAGGAGCUCUGCGACCCCAGCUUCUACGGCAAAGACUGCCUCCUGGAGUGUCAGUGCCUCCACGGCGCCACGUGCCACCAUCAGACGGGCGAGUGCCUGUGUGCGCCCGGCUACACGGGGGCCUUCUGCGAGGAGCCUUGUCCUCCAGGGAAACACGGCUCCCAGUGCGAACAGCGCUGCCCCUGUCAGAACGGAGGAAGCUGCCAUCACGUCAGCGGAGAGUGCUCCUGUCCAGCCGGCUGGGUGGGCCCGGUCUGUGCACAGCCGUGUCCGUUCGGAUCCUUCGGACUCAACUGCUCCCAGGAGUGCACGUGUCGUAACGGAGGCCUGUGUGACCACAUCAGCGGUCAGUGCCAGUGCACAGCCGGCUACGUGGGAGAGAGGUGCCAGGAUGAGUGCCCAGUCGGUACUUACGGACCCCAGUGCGCCCACAAAUGUGACUGCCAGAACGGUGCCAAGUGCUACCACAUCAACGGAGCCUGUCUCUGCAACGAGGGCUUUAAGGGCCCCAGCUGCCAGGACCGGUUCUGCCCCGCGGGCCUGUUCGGGCUGCUCUGUGACAAGUACUGCCCCUACAGACCAUGCGCCGCACACUCCUCCAGGGUUCUAACUGAGACUGGAUCUUUGUCACACAGGAGGAGACUGACCAUUCAGGACGCUCUUAACCACCCCUGGAUCAAGUCCAAUGAACACAAGGAUGAAGGUAAAACCCAAGAGCCACAAAAGCGUGAGAAGCGGCAGCUGAAGACCAAGCGCCUGAGGGAGUACACCAUCAAGUCCCACUCCAGCAUGCCGCCCAACCACACCUACGCCGACUUCGAGCGCUUCGCUCAGGUGGUGGAGGACAUCGAGCAGAUGGAGGCCUCCUUCCUCAGCCUGGCGGCGGCUCACGACUCUCUGCAGCAGGACCUCGACGCCGUGGUGUCCGCGUACAACGAGAAGGAGGCCCGGUGCCGGGAGGAGAGCGAGGGCGUGCGCCACGAGCUCUCGCAGAUUCGCUACGACUUCCGCAAGGUGGAGGCUCUGAAGCGCAGCCUGCAGGACGACGUGCAGGCCCUGAGCGGCCGCCUGAGCGCCGCCGCCCAGCGCUACCGCCAGCGGCAGAGCCUCCUGGACGCGCUGCAGGCCGAGCUGGGCCGGGAGCUGCGGUGGGUGCAGGAGGCCGUGGCGGCGCUGCCCGCGGGCGGCGGCGGCGGAGGCGGAGGCUUCUCCACCUGCAGCUUCUCCACCGUCUUCAACCACGACGUCAACGAGGCGCUGAAGGAGCUGCUGAGCCGCUCGCGUGGAGGAGAGCUGGUGUCUGGGAUCAACCUGGACCUCACUGAGGCCGGGCAGCAAAGAUGAGUGUGUCUGUAAGCGCCGGGAGAAAUAAAUGUGGGAGCUGAGACCUCCUCCUCCUC